CCGACACGGCCGGCGUUCCGCAUGCAAACCGCCACGCUCCUUCGCCCGGACGUCGGGCUCACUCCCGGCCCGGUAUCUACGCCGGAAAAGUUCCGUUCUGGCCACUGUCACCUGGAACUGACGCCCGUCUGGCAGUACGUGAUCAAAAAGAACCGGUUCCCGGCUGACGUCGACCGGCAAGACGUGUUUGCCGAGCUGGCCGUCAGACUGCAGCAUCCCGAAUGGCAGGUCGGUCGCGCGUUUCCGCGGUGUAUAUAUUAUAGCCAUCACCGUUUUAACGAAAUUUUUUUUGAAAACAAUUGAUGAUAAUUAUUCGUAGAACUAGGAAAUUUCCCAUUACGUUAUCGUAAAAUUUGUUCGAGAAUAGAAAAAUAUUUUCUCCUUUUAGUGACAAACACCUAAAUAUAAAGUAAUAAUUAAUGGAAUUAUAUUAAUGAAAUAACUGGUACCUAGAGGUCAAAAUAUAAUAUAUACGAAAAAACCUCACGCGCAUUUGUUGCAUUAGGUACCAGUACAUUCAGUAUAAUAUACAGGUCGAUAAAUCACGAAUACAGAAAUACAUCUACAAAAAGUCUGUUUAAUAUAUGUGUGAUAUGCGAUUUCAGAUGUGCGUGAGGAUACAGGUGAAGGAGAUACUUUCAUAGUGGCGGGCGGAUCCAAAGGCCUCGCUUCCCCACCGAAAAUAGACUAUACAAACAUUUUUACUUCUAAAAAUAAUUAAUUGUUUAUCACUUUUACAAUACAAGAUUUUCAAGGAAUAAAAACGGAAAGGAGCGAUGAAUGUAUUCAUUGUACUAAGAUGUACUAAAGGUGUUCGAUCCCAAAUAGUAGGGAUGAAUGUGAAGGAGAAGAAGAGGAUUUUAUCUUUAAAAUUUAAAAAAAAAAAAUUUAAUUUUGCUCGUUUUACUACGUAAACAUAUUUUCACCGCUGAACAAUUUAAUUUAAUUUAACGGCGGCGUUAAGUAUACCUGUACAAAUAAUAAAUUGUAUAUUUUAAUAUUUUUAAUGCAUUUUGAUGGGCAGGUAAGACUCCACGGUUCCCGAGUGUUAGCUUAUAUCGUACCGGCCAUCGGUUCUCAGCUUGACGCUCUGAUGUCCCCUACGAUACUGCCCACGGUCAUCACUAACCUUGCACAUUUUUCUCCGGCGCUCAGAAGCAGCUCCAUGGACGCAAUAUUGGUUUACGUGCAACACUCAUCGGAUCCCGAAUACAUCUUGAAGUCCAUGAUAGUUUUGGGUUUGGACGUACCCGGCGCCAAGUCAAGUCUUACAGUGAACGUUAUGGAAUGUGUUCCCGUGGUACUCCAACAAAUCGUGAAGAGGAAUGGAGAACGACCAGUGAGUAAAACCAAAAAUAAAAAUCUGAAAAAAUGUGAUGCUUUUUAGCCAUUCAAAUUUGUUUUAAAAAUGUAUUCUUAAUCAUUAUAAUAUUAUAUACUUUCCUCUUGCAAGAAGAACGAAGGUACAUGCUUUUUCUUUCUCAUAGCCUCUAUCCAGUACAUUAUACUUCCUGCAUAAAUGACCCGGUCACUUAUGCUUAUUCUCGUUCUCCACAACUCCCAUAUUAAACGGCAUUUUUCCCAUUUAUUCUACAUUCCUUUAUAUCUCAUCUGAUAACAUCCAGACUCUAGUAGUCCAGCCACUUUUUCUUUGACUUGCCUCUUUCCCGGUUAUAACCGGGAAUCUCCCCUUCACCAACACCUACAACUCUUCGACUAUUUCUAAUCGUUUCUCCUUACAGAAUCUAUAAUGCAGAUCCGCGGUCCUUAAAUUUUUUUUUUCGCGCACCACGCAUGUGUAUUAUUAAUCUGUUGCGCACCACUUUUGACUAAAAAUAGAACUAUCUAAAAUUGCAAUACAUUUCUUUCAAAUAAUAAGGCAGUAAAAUACUACAAUAUAGCUAAUUAUUUUUUAUUUAUUAAUCAAAUUGGCGUCUUACAUUGUAAAGAAUAAUAUUAUUAAAAGUAAUAUUGUUUUUAAUUUAUUUAUUCUUAGCUAUUAACGUUACUGUUUCAAACACAAUUAAAAAUAUUUAUUUAUUUACUUUCUGUUUACUACUACGUAGUCUACCCCGUACCAUCCUCUGAAAACCGUUAAUAUUGAACCAACAUGCCCAAUGCCCAUGUCAUAUCUUAAUUUAACUAUAUUUUUUCGUUUUUUUUCGCUACACCCGCUUUAUAAUAAGUAUACUACCUUAGAUACCUAUGUAAACAUUAUUUUUGAAAUUUCUGUUUACAUAAAUAAUUAACAUUUGUCAUAACAAUCGAAUUUCCAUUUGUAUUGACUUACUUUUAAACCACCUAUGUAAAUUGUAAAGUAUAUUUAUACGAGUAUAUAUUAGGUAUUAUACCACUUGUUGUUUGUUAAUUAUUUAUUAUAAUUUAAUAUUACUAUUUCUUAUAUUUCUAGAUUGCAAUUCCUACGUUUGUGCACCUCGUAACUGCGUUAUCCAACAAAAUGGUGCAAGCAACAUUUCAACAAGCUGCCGUUUACUGUUUGGACAGAGUAAAAGAAAUUGUCGGAAGAAAUAAAUUUGACCACUAUCUUGAAACAUUUCAUCCAAUUAUUAAAAAGGUAAGUCGAAUGAUUGAACGAUUUUUUUUGACUGCACAUAUACGAGUAUUACAGUAUAUAUUAGGUAUAAGGUAGUAUGUACAUAUUAUGCUGUACACAAUAAUAUUAUUAGCAGUGGCGUGUUGGCCGUGAUUUUGAGGGGCAAUUGCCCGAUAAUUUUAAGUGGUGGGUGGUUGGGUGCCUGGUGGUUGAGUACUGGAGUCUGUGGAGAAAUUGUAGUACAAGAUUAACUUCAUCAGAAUAUGUCAUAUGAUAUUAAAUAAGAAUAAUCAAAUUAAUAAUAAGUAUUCUAGGAAAAGCCAUCAUUAUCAUGAUAAUGAUCAAUGCCUAAGAGUCGAGGGGUAGUGGUAGGUCAUUAAAAAAAAAUGAAUUGCCCUUAUAAAAUAUUUCACUUCGCCAUGCCACUGAUUAUUAGUUUUAACACUUUUAAAAAAAUGGUUCAAGGAAGUACUUUUAUCACGCGCCUAAUAGGUAAGUACAAUAUAUAUAUAUUAUAUACAUAUAUAAAUAUUUCACUGCAUACUUGGUUAUUAAUUGUGUGUAAAUAUAGUUUGAUGCGAUUAUUUAGACAUAGAAAAUCAUAGAUUAAAAAUGUCUACUUACUUACUCAUAUAUAUAUAUAUAUAUGAGUAUAUCUUAUGAUAGAUUUAGGUAAUUAUGUUUUGGCUAUACCAUACAUCAUAAUAUUAAUUAGGUUAUUACCUAAAUAACUAUACAAUAUAUAGGACAUAGGUAUAUAAAAUCACAUUUCAUAUUUAAAUUUUUAUUAUAGGACUUCGAAGUGUUAUGUGAAGUUUAUCGAAUAUCCUCUUCGUCUGGUCGAGAUUCUUCUAUGUCUUCUUAUGACGACGAAGACGACGUAGAAACACCAAAAACGCCCAAAAGAGUAACGUUUGGCGGGGAAUUAAUUAAAUUUCGGAGCCCUGACAUUUCAGAUGAUCCUGAGGCAAUAAUAAUCAAACGCACUGCAAUUCCUAUCCCAGUGAAGCCUGCAUUAAACGCACCAAAACACCCUAAAGAUGAUGUGAAUAAAAAAUCAACGAAAUUACCACUUUCACGACAAGUGAGUACCUAGUUACAUACUUUAUUAUUUAUACAUUAUUACAUUUUUAAAUAAUAUAAAUCAUGUGGCAUAGUUAUUAUUUUAUUUUAUUUUUAUACCUACUAUUACACCUUUAGAUAGAUACCUAUAGUACAUGGACAUAUAAUGAUAGUACAGGCAUGUGCCAUAAUUAAUGCCUAUUAAUAUGAUAAUUAAUUUUAUAGCAAUUCAUACCAUAACUAUUAUAUUUGAAUUUCAAUAAAAAAUUAUUAUUUACAUCCUAUAGUUGAAUUUAUGAUUUUAUGAUCAGAUUCAUUAAUUAUAGCUAAUAUUUUAAGUUUUUAGGUUUUAGAUUUAUGCUUCUUGUAAUGUGUUCACUGUUAUUUAUUAAUCAUCGGUAUUUUUUAUUGAAUAUUGUAGAUCUAUUAUAAGCUUGAAUAACAAAAUUGACCAAUAUCACUAAUCUAAGGUCACUUAGAGGCAAUAAAAUAUCGUGGUGGCUUAAAAACCUAUGACCCUUUAAAUGGCAUAAUUCCCAAAUCUUGAACAUAAAAUUUUACAACGUUUUAAGUGAUUCUAAAUAAUUUUAAGAUGUGUUGACCUGAAUUAGAUCUUGCGCAUGUCUAUGGGAAUUAAAAUAAAAGUCGUUUGAAAUUGUGUUAGCUGCUUUUAUAAUAAUCGUACCUACCUAUACCUAAUUAAUAUAUAUAAUUUAUAAGUCUUGUUUGAAAAUGUAAAUUUAUACGGACGUUAACACGGAGUUCCUGUACACUCACGUAUACUGAAUACAUGCAAAUUUACUUUCUUUGUUCAUUUGUUUUAGUGUUAUCCACGUAUUCACGAGAAUACGUGAAAAUACGUGAAAUAUGCAUUUAUACAUAAAUAAUUAUAUGUGUACAAGAUUUGUUAGGUACAUUACUUUAUAGAUUUGAAUGUUCAUUUUCCAUAAAUAUACGUUUAUGUGAAAUAAGAAGCAUAAGUAUAUUGUAUAGUAGGUUUAAAAAAUUUAGAUAAGCUCGAGCAAUGGACAUAAUAAAAUCAAACACCAAUAAGUAUUUAAAGUACAAUAAUAUUAAUUAUUAAAAUUAUAAUUACAAUUUUGAAGUCCAGGGGUGUAGAUGCAUCCGUACUUAUAUAUCAUUACCAAUUAUGUGAGUUGUUCUCAAACUACUAUAAUAUAAUACCUACUAUUUAUCUAUUUAUAGCUUCGUGUUCUCUUAUACUCCUUCCAUCUAUUUGGGAUCAGCCACUUUGGUACUAACAGCGAGUAUUAUUAAUAACUGUCAUCUUUCCAUUUGAUUCACUCUCUCACAUUAUCUACAGACACCUCUGAUGUUAGUUUUUAUAUCAGUAAACCACUCGCAAACGUUUUUAACCUUCUCCUUUUUAGUCUUUCCGACUUUUCUAUGACUCCUUCCGUGUAAAUUCAUUCGUAAACUACUCUUACACAGUCUAAUCUUAUAGUUUUGCCUCAUAUUUAUAAUCAAUUUAAUUUGUUAUUAAGAAAUGUAUACAAAAAUUAAUUACUACGUUAUUCUCGUGUAUCUAUUCAGAUAAAUCGAUCAUGUACUUAUAUAGGUAGUUACGUAGUAUAAACUAUAUAGUAUAAAAGUAUUUUAGAUUUAGGUCUUGAUAACGUCCGAGAGUUUUUCCGACUCGUGGCGUGAUAUGGUUUUAGACGUUGCAGGUACCUACCGUUAAAUAGGUCGAAAUCAAAACAUUAGUCACGAAAUACAAAUGACGUCCUACAUUAAGGGGUUAAAAAUUAACAUUUUUGCGUGUUACCUACCGGUGUUUACUUUUGACGUACCUACCUAUAACAGUAGAAGUAAGAGUAACAGCAGCAAUGAAAAUAUAAAUAACAAAAAUGGGUCAAAUUAAUAUUCUUUAUAUGAAGCACCUAGUUGUUUAUCCUUUACUUAAUAAUAAUACGACUUACGAUUACAUAAUAUUAACCGUACUCGUAUCAUAAUAAUGCUUAGAUAGGUAUUAUAAAACAAUGUAGCGAUGAUACAGAAUGUAGUUAGGUGCCACGUAAAUUAUUUCAGGUCAUUACGGAUCAAUAUAGUAAAGUCAGUUUUUAAACAGAUAAAGAAUUGUACAAUUUUAGGUUAAUGGGAAAUUAUGGCUAUUAUUAUAGUGACCAAGCGCGUAAUGGUGUUUGACAGGAAAUCUAUAAAACGGUUUUGACCGAGGGUGAAUAACCCCCAAUAUUUGCGAUUAAAUAAUAAUAUUAUGUUUAAGUACCUACCUAUAUUUUAUUUAUUAUUUAUAGGUAGGUACCUAUACAUAUAUAUAUACAAUUAUAAAUCAACAUAUCCUUAACAAAGUUGUCUGUUUUUUGUCAUUUUAUAUUCUUAGACCGAAUUUCGAGACUCCGGUAAUUAUUUUUAUCACAAACCAACUAUCAACCAAGUGAGACCAAACACCUUACCGCCUUUACGACAGUCAAGUAUUUAUGCUACGAAUAAGUAUUCGAAUCUUUAAAUUUGUAUUCAUUCGUUUUUUUUUUCUGUAACUUUUCAGAUUUCAAACGAUUUUCAAGUUCUCAAAUAGGUCCGUUGUUAGGCACUCCAUUCAAACGGAAAUUGGAUGAUAGGUAGGUACAUUAGGUGUUUCUAUUUUGAAAACAAUUCAUUAACUUAUCGAUUGUAGUAUUAUUAUUGUCUAUUAUUGUCUACCUAGUUACCUAUACAAAUAUUUUAUUUUUUAGAAUACCGUUUAAUAAGGGAUUUUUCUCCCCGCACGCUAUUCUUUCUACUGGAAGGAGUUCAUUCGAUGUUAGUAUACCUAAUAUUUUUUAUUAAACCGUUGCCUAAUUUACCUUAUAAUUGUACACGGUACACACUAUAUUCAAUGUUAUAUCUAUUUACCUAAAACCUCAGUUAGACGCUUAGUACUCAUUAAAUUUCACGAACGAUUUCUGUAAUUCGAGUAUGUAAAUUUAUAAAAAGAUAGGUAGAUCUCUUAUUCUUUUUUUUUUUGCAAUGUAUUAAUAUAAGUGUAUAUAUACAAUGUAUGUUAUUUGAUAUGUAUAUUAUACAUAUCAGAUACUUAUACUGCCUUAAGCAAUAACGCCGUAUGUCCAAACAAAUUGAAAAAUUUGUUAUAUUCAUCAAACAAAUCAUAAAACUUAGACCCUUUAGAUGAAUAAUCCGUAUGUCUGAUAUACUACCUAUCCUACAAAGAGACUAUUAGCAAUAUCCAGCGCCGCGGUCUUGGCGCAGAGCUAAAUAAAAAAAAAAAAAAAAGAGCUCGUGCGUCGAUCGUAGUAUUACACGAGACGGCUAACUCUUAUUUAACCCGUGUAAUUUUACGACAAAUAGUCCGACGGUCGGACUCCGACCUCUCUGUAGCCUAAACCAAUGAACUGAUUGUUUUUUAAUUUGCACGGGUUGAUCAGUAUGUUUAGUAGAUGAAACUUUUGUAAAUUCAAAGUUGAUCGAAUGAUUACAGCCUGAGUAAUAUGCAAAAGUAUUAGUAUUGUUUUUACACGAACCGCUGUUUUUUUUCGACGAUAGCCGUUUGCGAUGAAUAAAAAACAAUUUUGUUUAUUUAUUUUAUCGCUGUAUUCCUAAGGUACCAUUUUCCAGCAACAUUCAAAAUAAGCUAUAUUCAUAGCUAUACAUCAUAAUAUAUUAAUUUACUUAAUCCAUAAAUAACAAAAGAAAUUUUUUCCUCAUAAUUUUCCAUUCGAAAAAAAAAAACAAGUUAACUAUGUCCAAAAUUUUAAUAAAAAAUAAGUGAUAUCCCAACAAAAACCCUCCGUCAACUAUGUGUAAAAACCUCGCUAAAGAAAAAACAACUCGAGUAAAAAAAGUUGUGAUAUCAAAAAAGGGCUAAGUAAUUUCUUAAAUUGAUUAGUAUAGAAAUUGUUUGUAUUUGAUGAAGUGCGAUAAUUGUUUACAUAUAAUUUAACUUAGCUAGGCGGCUACUCACAGUAUAUACUUAAAUUGUAUUAUGGUAAUAUUAAUAAAUUAUAAAAUGGGAAUGUAAAUAUUAGUAGCCGUCAAACUAAGUUAAAUUAUUGCAUUUCAUCAAAUAUAAACAAUUACAAACAAUUUCUAUACUAAUGAAUUUAAUAAAUUACUCAGCCCUUUUUUGAUAUAAUAACUUUUCUAACUUGAGUUUUUUUUCUUUAGCGAGGUUUUACACGUAGUUCACUGAUGGUUUUUGUUGGGAUUUGUUUUGACAUAACACAGUAAAUGGUCGAAAAUAUAUUUUAACUAGAUAAAAAUGCCGUAUAAUUAUGAUGUCAGGCAAAAUAUACUUUGAUUUCGUAUAUUUUAUUGAUGAAUCAUCAAUUAUUGAUUUCUAAAAUAAAAGUAUGAAAUUAAAUUGUACUAGUCAUAUCACAUUCGAUAAAUUCGGUCGUACACGGUAGAUGCCGGAUGAAAACAAAAUAUUUUGUUGUAUAGGUAACAUGUGUGUAUACUUUAUAAUUUUGGAAAAUUCCACUGAAAUCCGGAUGUAGUCUGACCAUUUCUGUCGGUCGAAUUUUGUUCACUAAAUGAUCGAAUAAUUUGGCAGAUGUCCAAAAAAUAAUCGACCGAUAUGGGGUCUAGUCUAUCCAUCGUCUUAGUGUAUUAAUCUACAGAUUUUAAUUUUUAUCAUACUGUAAGAAGUAAUAUGAGGUGUUAUGAAUUUUAGAAAAUGCAAAAUACAAAAAUACGUUUUUUUCAAAAACUUUAUUUAGUGACUUACGGCGUUUUUGAUAAUGAGGGCAGUUAAAUAUAGCUAUAUAGUGAUGGUUUCCAAAAAUAUUAUUCCUAUUACUCCAGUAAAAUUCCAGUUAAGAAUCCACAAUACAAGGGUUUUAAUAUUAUAAAUAAUAAGAUAGAUGUCAAUUUUAAACUUAAUUAAUUUAAUAAAUUUCAAAAAUUUUAAAUCUCUUCAAAGUGUUUGUAAAUUGUAUGUACUUACUAUAUAAUCAUUAACACAUUAUUUGGUCGGUUGGUCUACCAAGAACUUAAAAUCGUAAUGAUAAAUUUAAAAAUAUUGUUAUCUCUAUUUGCUAUAUUUUAUUUAAUACAAUUUGAUUAAAUAAUUAAUUACCCUGGGUUUGUUUAUAUCUUAAGUGACCAUCUAAAAUGUAAACAUAUUUAGAAGCAAGUUAGAUUAAUAGGUAAUUUUGAUUAUAAUUCAUUAUUUUGUCACAUUUGAUUAAUUCUUCUGAUAGUUUGUAGGUGAUAUAUAAUAUAACAAAAAAAAUGUAUAAACAUUAGUCAUCACGAUCACAUUUUAAGCGACUGGGAUAGCGACUAAAUACGUCCCAUAAAGUUCAUUGUAGUUUUGACUCUUAAUAUUUUAAAGCACACACACACACACAUACACACUACAUGGCAACCACUGUUGUACAUAUUGUUCGAUAUCAUGUUUUAUUUUAUUCACUUAAUUUUGGUACUUCUUUAGUAUUCACAUAUUAUUUCAAUAUGUUUCACUCUGUACAAAUAUUUAAAUUUUAAAUUGGUUUAUAUUGUACAAAAAUAAUUUUUUUAAUCUGAUUAAAUUGCAAUUCAUAAGUAAUUAUAGCAAAAUAAUUUAAUUAGUUAUCAUAUUGAUUAUAAUUGUAAUUUUUUGUUUAUUUUAGAAAAAUUAUAGAAAUACAAAGAAUAUGAAAAUAAAUGAAGCAAGUAAAAAGUGA